AUGCGCAGAAUGUUGAGAAUUACCAACCUUUUUUACGAUUGCCAUCAUUAUCAUCGUUCGUCGAAUCAUAAAGAUUGUUCAAAAACCGACGUUCCAGAAUAUUUUCCUCUCAACUAUGGCAUCAGCUUACCAUUACGCCCGCUUACGUCCGAAACUAUGGAAUCAUGGGAUGGCAAAAUUGUUCAACAACAGAUCUUCGACCAACUUGAGCCAUGUCCUCAAACAAAAGCAUUUCUUCCAACAACAAUUCUUAUUGAUUACAACAUCACUGGGCUUUUUCUGCGCCUCGAUCAUGAAGAUCCUUAUGGAGCGAAUUUUUGCCUUUUGGAUUUGCCGUUGACGAAGCGCAAAGAAUCCUGCAAUAAUGCCUAUUAG